AAACACUGAGCAGCGUUGUGCAGUAUUCAAAAUACACGCUCAGGAUCUGACGUGAAAAAAGAACCAGUGCCCUGUGCUGCCAGCUGCCAAACUCACAGAAAGCACCGUUGUUACCUGUUUAAAGAAAAUCCACGCUGUCAGCUGCCAUGGAGCCUUGAGGUGGGCACAGCUUAGACCUUUGGCUUCUUAUUCCAAAGUCAUUUACCCAGUCGUGGUCCAAGCCGCAGGGUGGGCUGCCGGGGAGCUGACACCUGAGGAGCUGGGUUUCCUGGGCUUUCCAUCAGCCAUCUCUCCCUUAGUUCACCCAGAGGCUGCGGAGAAGCCAGAGGCCAGGAAUUGGCCGUGGAAUAUGCAGGAUUCCGUGUUGCCCGAGCUCUGUCCGAGCUCUCUUGGAGACAAUUCAAAUGAUAAUUUCACGGAGGUGGUUUAAUACCGGUGAAAAAUGCUGGGAAUUUUCCAGUCACCUGUUUUCUCGGUGCCCCCUGCAUCUGUCCGUGCUGAACGCUAGAUGGGGCGUCAGACACAGGGUUUGGUCCAGGAUUUACAGGGAAGAACAACUAUUUGCAGAGAAGUGAGUCACGUUUGAGAAAAACAGACGAGAGAGGAGGGUGGACUCACAUCUGCAGAGCUGACCACUUGUGUUGUGAAACGUGAUUUCUUGGGAUACACAACAAUCCCGCCACGUGGCUGAGCAGGGUUCACGGAGAGCAAUUUCAGCAGGGGACUGAGGACAGCCAGAGGAAGAUGGAGAGUUUGGAUAAAGAAACGAGGCUGUUUAGCUGAGAUCUGCAGAUUCUCGUCUGUCCAUCUGAAUUAAAGGUGCAAGCAGGCUGCCUUGCUCACCUCACAGGCUUCAGCAGGAACGCCCAGGGAGUCAAGAGCCUGUCAUCCUUCUCUUGCAGCUGUUCCUGCCCCCUCUCCCAAGAUCGCAACAGGAUCCGAGUGCUGAGGCGACCGAGCGGCACCUUCCCCCAAAAUGAUGGAAAACGAAGUGUUUCUGUCAUUUACGUUCUACAGCACAAUUUUGAUCUUAAAAAUGUAUGUCGUUGCCAUCAUUACGGGACAAGUGAGACUCAGAAAGAAGGCGUUUGCAAACCCGGAGGACGCGCUGCGCAACGGGGGGCUGCAGUUCUGCCGCGAGGACCCCGACGUGGAGAGGUGCCGCAGGGCCCACCGCAAUGACAUGGAGAACAUCUUUCCCUUCCUCUUCCUCGGAGCCAUCUACUCCAUGCUGAACCCCAGUCCUGCAGUGGCCAGGAUCCACUUCCUCAUCUUCUGCGUGGGGCGCGUCGUUCACACCAUCGCCUACCUGCUGCGGCUGAAGGCGCCCGCGCGCUCCGUGGCCUACAGCGUGGCACAGCUGCCCUGCUUCUCCAUGGCCCUGCAGAUCCUCCUCGCCACCACCCCGUACUGGUAACACCCGGAGAGACCGACCAUCCGAACCCCCUCAUCCUGCACUCCGAUGGUUCCCUGGCGGGACGGGGUGCUGUGUGUGUGAGUGUGAGUGUGAACGUGUGUGUGUGUGUAUGUGUGUGGGCACGUGGUAGGUUGCCAGGGAGGUUGCCUGCAGCCUUGAUAAACUCCCUGUGCUGUUGAAAUUCGGCAGGGAAGUCACCAGAGAGAAGGGACGUGUCUCCCUGUGGAGCAGGAAGGGAAUGCGGAGUCAGGUUUCUCUCACUCCUGCUGAGGGUAGGAGCAGGAAAGCACAUGAACUACCCCUCAAGGAGGGGGUUCGUUGAAGGAAAGGAGGUUUUCUGACUCAACUGCAUUCAGAACUGGGAAGGUGAAGAUGUGCCUUUUCCCCUUGGUCACAAAUGUCCCGUGAAUCAGGAAGGGAAAAUCGUGAGGGUCUCACAGAGUCUCUUGGUCAGCAGAGGUAGAAGAGGGGGUUAUAAAACAGCCACCCUCCUCUUGCCCAGCCAUGUGGGUCUGUGGGGACGGGGUUCCCUUAGGUUCCCCCUCCCACAAGGAGAACAGGAGGCAGGUGCUUGCCAGGCAGAGUAACGUGGAAGUCAAAACCUCCGGGGUGAUGUUGUGAAGACAUCAGAGUGUUCAGUGCUCCCAGAGCCACCUCAUCUCGUGCCAAGGGACACAGCUCCCUGCCAGGAGCCUCACUGCAGGCAGGAUCCUGCCUGUACCUCAGCCAGCCUUCAGCAGCUCCCUGCCAGCAGCACCCGUGGCUUUUCCAUCUCAGUCUCAUCUCAUCCCAGUAAGAUGCAGAGCUUCGUGCCUGGAGCAGCCAGCAGGAACCACGUACCCUGCGGAGAACAGGACACAAAUCUCUGGGACUUCUGGAAAGACUAAAAUGCUCACACAAAACAGGGAGUUUGCAGACAGAGCUUUCUCCUGAGGGUGAUAUCUAUGUCCACAUGCCACUAAUGCCUGACUAUGCUCUCAAGGGCAGCAGACUGACUUUAUCCCCCUCUGUUUGUAGCCUUUCUCUGGCUGCAGAAUGGCCGCUGCUAUUUGGGGAAUGUGCCGUGACCGCUUUGGGGGUAUUUUCUUUCAGUUGUUUCCUGCUGUCCAGUGCUGCCACACCGUGUGCAGCCUGGACCAGCUGGGGUUUGCAGAAAGCUCUGGAAGCGAGCAAAGUGGCUUUGAAGAGUGUAUCACUGCUCUGCAGUGACACCUGACAGUGUUGUGUUGGAGAGGAGAGACCGAGACCAGGGUGACAAACCCUCCUGAGCUCCUCUGUCCCCAGGUGCCAGGGACUGCAACAAUGGAGCAUCCCUGUGAAGGACAAGGCAGGAGGAAACCUCUGGUCUUCAGUGCCUCUCCCCCCUCUGAGGGCAACACAAAGCCUUACUAAGACCACAGGGGAAACCAGAAUGAGCAGAAAAUAAAGUCCCCUUCCACCUGCCCUACUCAUUAAGGCUGCUCCCUUAACUCUGCUGUCCUCAGAGAUGCUCUUGCUGAGGCCUCACAGAGCACUGGGGACACACCUGCUCAGACUGAUGCUCAGCCCUUGCACAGCUCAGGUAGCAGCUUCUGUCCUGGUAAUUCCUGACCCCAGCACAGAGGCCAAGCUGUGUGGUGAGGUUUGGAGUGGAAUGCUCUGCUCUCCCACCACAUUAGGAAGGUGGGCAGGUUCAGCAGUUUGCUCUUGUCCACCUCUCCCUCACAGCCUCAGCAGAUGUCUGGGUAACACAGACCCUGCUUAACAAGCCCUUUCUGCCUCACAUGGUGCACAAGGUCUCGAACCCCUGUACAUUUCCCUGCUGCUGCACAUGCAUCCUGGUGGCAGGAAGCAAAUAUUCCCAAUAAAAACAAAUCAUUGUGCUCA